AUAGAGAGCUAAGCAGAUAAUUCAGGAGGCUGCUUCGCAUCCGGAGCGUUUAGAGAUCUACUCGCUUGGGUCCUGAAGUAGCUUCUCUCCGACCAGGCUAGCAGCUGUCAACCUCAGCGCCCCUGAAACGUGCUGGGUCCGUAGAGUCCAUGUUCCUGGCUCGCUCCUUGGUCAACAUGUCCAGUCACAAUCCUCUGUUGAAGCUGGAGCAGCGAGCAGCUGAGGCCGACCAGAUCAUCGAGUACCUCAAACAGCAAGUCCAGCUGCUGAAGGAGAAAACAAUCGUCCAGGCGAGUGUCAGGGAGGAGAAGAAACUGAUGGUGGAGAAUGCGAAACUGAAGAAUGACAUCGAGGAGCUGAAAAAACAGCUGCUGGAAAAGGAGAAGAGGAGAGGGGUGCUGGACGUGGCCAUGACAUCAGAUGAACCCACAGUGGAGUGCAGUUCGAAGCCCACCCCUCCCAAACCCUCUGCUCCUGUACCCUCGGCCUCGCCUGCUGCUGCUCAGAGCCCCCCUCCCAAAGACGAGGGUAAAAAGAAGAAGCCAGAGAAAAAAGUCGGGGAGAAAGCUGAGAAAAAGCAGGCAGCUCCGAGCCAAGAAGACGCCAAGGUGGACGUGUCUCGACUGGACCUGCGUAUUGGGCGUAUAGUUGAGGCGCAGAAGCAUCCAGAUGCUGACAGUCUGUACGUGGAGCAGGUUGAUGUGGGAGAGGCUUCCCCCAGAACAGUGGUCAGCGGGCUGGUCAAGCACAUACCUCUGGACCAGAUGCAGAACCGCAUGGCAGUCCUGCUCUGUAACCUGAAGCCAGCCAAGAUGAGGGGAGUUGUGUCCCAGGCGAUGGUCAUGUGCGCCAGCUCGCCAGACAAGGUCGAAAUCCUUGAUCCUCCAAGUGGAGCAGCACCAGGAGACAGAGUGACUUUCCAGGGCUUCCCAGGUGAACCAGACAAAGAGUUGAACCCUAAAAAGAAGGUGUGGGAGCAGGUUCAGCCAGACCUACGCACAGACGGCCAGUGUGUUGCAACCUACAAAGGAGCUGCCUUUGAAGUCGCUGGCAAGGGAGUGUGCAAAGCCCAAACCAUGAGCAACAGUGGAAUAAAAUAAAAUAACAUAGCUGCCUGAAAUAACUCUGUAUUUACUUGGCAAUCAUGGUCAGCGAUGCCGAUGACGGUGAUGAAUGGAAGUAAAUGCUUUGAAGAUGUUCAAUAAAGGGAUUUAAUCAGA